AGAAAAUGUUGGUGAGAAAAGAACAAAACUACGGCGGAAGUUCAGGGAAAGUGGGCGGAAAAUAAUUGCGAGAACUCUAGAUUGCAAAUAACACCGGUAUAGCAUGAUGAAAACCGCAAUCAACUUCUAUUAGGUAAAUACUUGUAUUAUCGGAAAAUAACUUAAAACGAGUUUAUUGUGCGGGACACAUAGUCUUACUUUCGAGUUCACAAUGGGACUCCCAACUCUGGAGUUUAGCGAUUCUUUUCUGGAUAGCCCUGAUUUCAGAGAACGGCUAAAAUAUCAUGAAAUAGAGUUGGACCGUACAAACAAAUUCAUCAAAGAACUGAUCAAAGACGGGAAUAUGUUGAUUACGGCGCUGAAGAGUCUGUCUGCUGCUGUCCAGAAGUUCUCCCAGUCCCUGCAGGAGUUCCAGUUUGAGUGUAUAGGAGACGCAGAGACGGAUGACGAGGUCAAUAUUGCCCAGUCGUUCAAGGAGUUCUCCCAGCUGCUGACCACGGUGGAGGAGGAGAGGAGACGUUUGAUCCAGAAUGCGGAUGAUGUGCUGAUUGCACCUUUAGAGAAGUUCAGGAAGGAGCAGAUUGGAGCUGCUAAGGAAGGGAAGAAGAAGUUUGACAAGGAGACAGAGAAAUACUACACCGUUCUAGAGAAGCACCUGGCCUUGUCCUCCAGGAAGAAAGAGACAUUCUUACAAGAGGCAGACACACAGAUUGACAAAGAGAGACAGGUCUUCUAUGAUGCCUCCCUGGAGUACGUUUUCAAGAUCCAGGAGGUCCAAGAAAAGAAGAAGUUUGAAUUUGUGGAACCGCUGCUGGCCUUCCUGCAGGGUCUGUUCACGUUCUACCAUGAAGGAUACGAGCUCGCUCACGAGUUUGAGCCUUACAAACAACAGCUCCAGUUCAACCUGCAGAACACGAGGAACAACUUUGUGAGUACGAAGCAGGAGGUAGAGAAACUGAUGAAGAGAAUCAGAUCAGCUGAUCAGGACUACAAACCUCCAGGACAGUGGACCAUGGAGGGAUUCCUCUACGUCCAGGAGAAACGGCCGCUGGGAUGCACGUGGACGCGACACUACUGUACGUAUGAGAAGGGCAGCAAAACCUUCACCAUGACCAACUUUGAAACCAAAUCAGCUGGCAAACAGAAUGGUCUGGUGGUGAGUCCAUCUGAGAUGUUCAAGCUGAAGUCCUGUAUCCGGAGGAAGACUGACUCCAUCGACAAGCGAUUCUGCUUCGAUAUCGAAGUGGUGGAAAGGCAUGGCAUCGUGACUCUCCAGGCUCUGUCUGAGUCCAACAGAAGGCUGUGGCUGGAGGCUAUGGAUGGCAAGGAGCCGAUUUACAACCUUCCAGCCAUUCUGAGCAAGAAAGAAGAGACGUACCUAAACGAGGCAGGGUUUAAUUUUGUGAGGAAAUGUAUUGACCUGGUGGAGGUACGAGGGAUCAACACGUUGGGCCUCUACAGAAUAGGAGGGGUCAACUCUAAGGUCCAGAAGUUGAUGACCACUGUGUUUGCAACCAAGGCUCCUGUUGAUAUGAACCUGGACCCAGACACCUGGGACAACAAGACCAUCACCAGCGGCCUGAAGAAUUACCUCAGGUGUCUCUCUGAGCCUCUGAUGACGUUUAAACUCCACAAAGACUUCAUCCUGGCCGUCAAGUCUGAUGACCAGAACUACAGAGUAAGGGCGGUCCAUGCCUUGGUCCACAAGCUGCCUGAGAGGAACAAGGAGAUGAUGGAGCUGCUGAUCAAACACCUCGUCACAGUGUCCACCCACAGCCAGUUCAACCUGAUGACGGUGUCCAACCUGGGUGUGAUCUUCGGGCCCACUUUGAUGAGGUCACAGGAGGAGACGGUGGCCGCCAUGAUGAACAUCAAGUUCCAGAACAUCGUGGUGGAGAUUCUCAUCGAGAACUUUGACAAGAUCUUCCACCAGGCUCCAGACCCCAACGUCCCGCUGCCCCAGCCCCAAGCCCGACCGAGCUCACGCAGGAGCAGGGCCAUCUGCCUGUCCAAAGGCCCUAGGAAGCCUCGCAGCAUCUACACCCCAACACUGUGCCUUGCAGACGCUGACAGUGACACGUUCAGCAGCAGUCCAGGCAGCACCCCCUUGGGAAGCAUGGAGUCCCUCUCCUCCCACUCCUCUGAGCAGAACAGCUCCUCCAAGACCACCAGCUCUUCCUCCCACCACCAGCCCAAAGACAAGGCUUCCCAUCCUCCUGGCCAGUGGCUGGGGAUGGGGCAGGGGACGAGCCAGUGGCUGGGGAUGGGGCAGGGGACGAGCCUGGAGCAAGGGAUGGGGCAGGGGACGAGCCUGGAGCAAGGGAUGGGGCAGGGGAUGGGGCAGGGGAUGGGGCAGGGGAUAGGGCAGGGGAUGGGGCAGGGGACGAGCCUGGAGCAGGGGAUGGGUCAGGGCCCAACCCUGGGUCUCCGUCACUCCCCCUCCCAGCUCUCUUCCAAUGGGCCAGGGAAGGGAAGCGUCCCACCCUGCCUCAGCAGCCCAGAAUCUAGCUCCAGGGAAGACAUGGAGGCAGGGAGGACAGACGGGGAGUCGGAGGGAGAUGCUCUGAGUCUGUCCUCAACCAGCACAACAGCUACACCCAGGGGGUCCAUCGGCCCGAAGAAAGCCCCCCACUCCCAGACUGAUCUCCGGCCGGCACCUGUGGCCCAGCUGACCCAGCUGGACCGCUCAGCCGCCCCGUCUCUGAGGUCACUGUAUAUCUCUGAAGGCCGGAGGAGCCUGGCAGGUUCAGUCCAGAGUUUGUCUGCCGUGACGCUGGACCAGAAAGAGGACAGUGGAAAGUCUACGGACCACCCAGACAUCCCUCCUCAACUAGUCACCCGUCGGAGAGACAGACCGGACAAGAUGGAGUCCUCCAGCAACGGAUACCAGAGACCAGGAUCAGUGGUCGCUGCAAGAGCCAUGCUGUUUGAAAACUCCCCCUCAGCGGCGCAGACCACACCUGUUGGAAGAGACGCCAAGGCCAUGUACUCCUGUGAGGCAGAACACAGCCAUGAGCUCAGCUUCCCACAGGGGGCGCUCUUCUCAAAAGUCUAUCCAUCUAUUGAACCUGGCUGGCUCCAAGCAACGUUCCAGGGAAAGACUGGCCUGAUCCCUGAGAACUAUGUGGUUUAUCUCUAACAACAAAACUGACUGAUCCAAGACCUAAACAACCCAACCCAACCCUGAUCAUUUCAUGGUAUUCAUGGUAACAAUAAUCUGCAAAAAAUGAUUGAUUGAUUUUUGCGAAGACCAAGUUUCCCUAUUGAUCAGAAAUGUAGACAUGGGAACGCUGAGCAUAGUUCAUAUAGAAUGAGCAGCUAUGUGUUAUUAUCACCUAACUGUUGUAUAUAUCAAGAUGAAUACUUCUGGUCACAUGUCAUGCUGCUGGUCCUAUUCCUAUAGGUUAGUGUUGAAAUACUGUAUGUUCCAGCUGGGAUAUGCAGUAAAAACAUACAUGAUUGAUAAUAUCACACUGAACAAAAAAAUAUAAACUCAACAUGUAAAGUGUUGGUCCCAUGUUUCAUGAGCUGAAAUAAAAUAUCCCUGAAAUGUUUCAUACGCUCAGAAAGCGUAUUUCUCUCAAAAAAAAUCUGUGCGCAAAUUUGUUUACAUCCCUGUUAGUGAGCGUUUUGCCUUUGC